ACAUCCGCCCGCAGCCUGUCGCUCAUCCUGUCUUGCUGAGAGAGGGGACGGAGCUGACGGCUGGGAGGACGACAGGAUACAGAGAGAUUAAAGAGAGAGGGGAUCGGCCCGGGUUUCCACCGCUAACACCCCCGGUUUUUCUGUAGUUGCUGGAUUUGCCACCGAUUCGGAGCGGAACAUGUCGACCAGUCGUCAGCUGAGCGAGAGCAGGGCCAUCCCGACCAGGACGGUGAUGAUCAACGACACAACGCAGCUACCUCACGACUACUGCACCACCCCCGGAGGCACUUUAUUCUCCACCACCCCCGGAGGAACCCGGAUCAUCUACGACCGGAAGUUCCUCCUGGACAGGCGCAACUCCCCCAUUGCCCAGACUCCACCAGCUCGCCUGCCUGUCAUCCCCGGAGUGACCAGCCAAAAUGUCCUACGUGAGAACCAGAAGAACGAAGCCAACAACCAUAUCAAAAAGCGUGAUGGCAAGCCCACAACCGGAGAUGAUGCCCAAUUUGAAAUGGACAUCUGACCGACUGGAACACCACCAGCGAAAAAAGCAAAUGACCUGGCAUCACACGUGCCAGUGGCUUGGCUUGUAGAAACCAAUGUUGUGAGCCCUCAUGGCAGCCAUCUUCUUUAGCUCUCUGUCUCACUGCUGGAUGUAAUGUGUGUAAACGAUGGGGAGUCAGUAUAUCAUGCAUACAUGUACAGUGUGGCCAACUCUGUAAGCUAUAGUUUUUUUUUUAAUAGAUUAACAUGGUUAACUGUCGCUGAACAAAUCAACAACCACUCAGGCCUGAUUAUUAUGUAUCCAGUAACAUGGUCCAUUUAGUCGACAGCAGUGCUCAAAUCUAAAGGUUUCUUAGCUUCUUAUCUUCAACAGAGCACAGUGUAAAACACAUAAUAUUCUGAUUAAUUGGUGAAGGAAGUGGUCAUUUUUAAAUACCGGCCUUGGAAUCAGUCAAAAGCUUUGAAUUCAUAUUCAGCCUAUGGUUCUGCAGGCCCGUGUGUGCAUGUUAUUUAAGUGAUUUGUUUUUUGUUUUUUUGGAACUACUUGAAAAGGUCCACAAUCUAUUAUCGGUUGGUUGGUCAGUUUAGUUUCCCCCUGCUGGUCUGUAAAAGGGAUGCUGUGUUGUUUUUAUUUUCCCAAUUAGGAGACUAUUUCAUGCCAUUCCAAGAUUUUAGCUUUCAUUACCAACACAGGCCUGUGAGUUUCUGAUUUUCAGGGGAAAACAUAUUAGAAUCUUAGGCUGGGAUGUUAAUUGUUGUUUAAAUCCUCAAAUAAUUGUAUUUCUCACUAUUACUAUAAAGCUAAAUGUAUAUCCCGCAACUACAAACUAGCUUUUGUAGAAUUACAUUUCUGAAAAAUAUAUCAAUAAUCAAACCACUUUGGUUGUCAAGAUCUUUCUAUAAAUUUCUUUUACAAAUUUGAUCUCCCUCCUAGUAUCGGGAAUACACUUUUAAAACCUACUUUGGCUUCACUGGUUUAUUGUUUUGGCAGAAGAUUUAUGUUCAUAAUCUGAUGAGUAUUAGACCUCAUUCCCACCUGGUAUUUACAUCCGAUAACAAGUGGUCUGCGCUACAUUCAGGUCUUUAAUUCAAAUGAGUAACAUCUUAACAGCUGCGUUUAGCUCAUUGACACAUUUAGUUCUCUCCCUCUCUUGUGCCAACACACACACACACUCACUAAUUUCAUUGGACACAUCUGUAAACUCAGACUGCGUAAAAACAACAUAAUUUUGUCUUCAUGAACACUAUUUUUUAUUAAUUAAUGACAUGUAGAGCAGGUAACUGAGAUCCGACUGAUCGUGGUCACAGGAGACGCUUUCAGGAUAAAUGUUAAUGUCAGGUGUGAACAGACAUACUUCAAGCUCUGCACUUGGGAUCUGAUCUCUCGGAACAGAUGUUUAUACCAGGUCUGAACAGGGUCUAAAAAAAAGAGGAAAUACCCUCUGCAUCUCCAGACCAGCUUCACAUUCAGAACAAUCUGGAAGUGGUUCAAAUUCCAUGGAAAUCCCAGUGUUAAAUUAAUGGGUGAAAUAUAAAAAUUUUGCGGGGGGAAAACUUGAAAUAAAUCAUGAUGUUUUAUAUGCAUUUUAUCGUUGAAUACAGUUUGAUAGUAUUGACGGUUAUUCGUUUGGGAAUAAGCGCUGUCAAGCCUUUGAAUUAGUCGAGAAACCAGGAAACACUGGAUGAACCAAGGCUUGAUGGAGGCCGUCCCUUAAUCUACAAAUCUCUCUCCAGUGUCCUUAAUCCAUUUUACGCUACCUGAUUCUGUUCGCGUGUCAUGUCUGCCCAUGCCUUACUCGACACCAGAUGCAGUAACUCUAAACCUAGGCUCCUUGUCAUCAAUUUGUACUUUCCAACAGAUGUUUAUUUUUUCACUGUAACAUUGAAUAGGUCACAUUGUACUUAGCACUUGAGAGAAAAACUAAUAGUUUUUUUUUUCUAGUUUUUUCCAUUCAUAAUUUUCUUCCUCAUGCAGCUCUGAAGUCUGAACGUGACUUGUGUCAUUCUGGGAUUCUGAAGUUCAGAAGGAGAUGGUGGUUGAAAGGGCAUCUCACGCUCGUUUAGUCCGCCAUCAAAGUCGUAUCUGCUUAUCCAGUCCAAGUAGUAAUUCUGAACUUGGCAAAAAAUCACCACAAACUUCGUGUUUCUGUUCCAUUUAAAAUCCAUUCAUUCAUUUCUCUGUGUGACUGGAACCACUGAAUGGCUGACAUGAUAUCUCUGAUAGAUUGAUUUCAUUUUCUUCUUUUUGGCUUUGGAAUUAACUACGGCCAUGUUUGGUGACGAGUACAUCGUGGGGGUUUGCUUCAAGCCGAUUUGCAUUGCAAAUGUUUUUCUUUUACAAUUGUAUAAGUGCAUCGUCAUUCAGAUUUCAGAUUUAUAUCAGAUCGGUUUGCUUUGACAAUGAGGGCUUUAACAUUGUGUUGAAAGAAAUUUGAAACAAGUAACUGUUACCAUCCCUUCGGAUUUAAAAAAACUUUUAUCUUCAGUGGAUCUCCAACAGCAGUGGACAUUGUUGCUGCAAGAUCAAUAAAGUUCCGUAACAAAGAAAA